UUAAAAAUUGCGGUGGGCGGUGCGGCGAAGUUUUGAAGGGAUGGCGGCGGAGAUCCGGCGUUCCUGACGCGCACGGUCCGCUUGCUCUCGCGUUCGGUUUUGGCCGCAGGACCCGGAAGGCUUAGGAGAGGCUGCAUAACCCGAACCCCCUCUGCCAGCCAUGGGCCCGCGUCGCAAACCGAGGACCCCGAGGAGGAGGUCCUCCAGCCCGGAGCCCGGACCCUCGCGGCCAUCCGAGAGCCCGCGUCGCGAGCCGAGGAUCCCGACGGGGCGGCCCUCCGGCCCAGCGCCCGGACCCUCGAGACGGAGCUCCGGUGUAGGCACGCAGACACUACACAGAAGACGGAGAGUCCUGUGGCUGAGGGAAAUCAAGAACCUGCAGAAGAACACAGACCUCUUGUUAAGGAAGAGGCCUUUCAGCCUCCUUGUAAGAGAAAUAUGUGGGAAAUUCAGUCGUGGUGUGGAUUUAUAUUGGCAAGCUCAGGCUUUGUUGGCCCUCCAAGAGGCAGCAGAAGCAUUUCUCGUUCACCUCUUUGAGGAUGCCUAUCUCCUCUCCUUACAUGCUGGGCGAGUCACACUUUUCCCCAAAGACAUACAGCUGACCAGGAGGAUCCGAGGCAUUGAAGGAGGACUUGGCUGAGCAGGCAGUGGGAUGUGUCCAGACAAUACCUGGAACCUGUUGGAGCUGCAGUGGUAUCUGAGGAGCUGUCUGGAUUUUGCUGUUUUUGAACAGUGGCUACAUGUUGCCCUUUAAACUGUUUUCCUAAAAGAGAAGAUUGUGGCUUUCCCCUGGGACAGAGGAAGAAGAGACGGUCUGCCCGCUCCCGUAGACAUGAGUGUUUGCAGACCAAAGGUCAGCUUUGUGCGUUGCUCAACCAUGACUGAGGGUUUCCGACACAUCUGCCAUGUUAUGAGGGGAAGUUCUUACUUCACUCUUACUGUAGUGUUUGCAUCUUUUACCAUGUGUGUUUUUACUUUCAUUUAAAAUGUAAGGGAGAAAAAUCUGAGUAAAAUGUUGAAUCUGUUGUAUGGAACACCCUGGAGUCCCGCCGUGUAAAUGUCUGACUUCCAGGGUGACCUCAUCCUGCCUGUUGGCAAGCAUGCAGUGUUUCAAACCUUAAGUAGAAUUACAUACAAAAUCCUUUCUUCCUUCUCUUCAAGACUGGGGCUUGAAUCCAAAGUUUCGCACAUGCCAAGCACGGACUAUAAUGUUGAACUGCAUCCACAGCCUGAAAUAGUCUUUCUGGUUCCUACCAGUAAAUUCCUAUCAAAAACGUGCAGAAAGUCUCUCUCAGAAUUGGACAUUUUAUUCUUAGCUCUAACUCAUAUAAAAUGUAGCAUACCAGUCUGGGAUUUUAAAAUGUGUUUUCUGUAUUUUUACAAGUUAAUUUUAGCUUAUUUGGAGAGAAAUAAUAGUAAUAAAAAAUAAUUCCUUAAUUGAAA